AUGAAUGCUGUUUGGCACCUAUGUAUCCUGCCAUGCUUCAACUUUGCAUCUGCCUAUCAACACCGAGUUGAAAUUUCAGCCACACUCACUCUAACAGCGCGGCCAGCUCCCCAUCUCUUUUAUAUCAGGGAAGGCAGAUAUACCCAGGCAACCAAUUGCUAUUGGCCGGUGGCAGCUAGUUGGACCAUCUCCAUCGAAGAGCGAGAUCCAUUCCUCUGCAGCAGUCGUGCUGGGAUUGACUACACUCUUCCCACCAUACUUACCGCCGAACCAGAAUCCGAGGAUCCCACCGAUUCAGUCAUUUCGUCCAUGUUCGAGGUCUUCAUCCCCCAUCACUCCCAAUGGCAGAAAGUCCGUAUACGAUACAAAGACGCAUGGUCCGAGAAAACCGGGUCCGCUUCACUGCCCAAGGACACCUUGUUUCCCUUGCUCGAAGAACUAUACUUGGAGAAAAGUUACUGGCUGGAACAGGACGAUGUGGAUCACAUCACAUCCACGAUGCUCUCCGCACCACGACUUCAUUCCAUCAGUUGGCUGAGCCAGAAACCGUUCACAACACUCACCUUUCCCUGGGCACAGCUCACGCACUUCUGGCUGAGCCACAUCAUUUCGAUGACUCUAAUGCUCAUUCUUCCUGUCCAAGUUACAAUCACAAACAGCUCUGGCCCAAUUGUUCACAACAAUCUACAACGCCUCCAUCUAAGCAUGGUGGGCGACCUCGGAAUUCUCUUUGACAAGCUUACGCUACCAGCUCUGAAUGAUCUUUUGCUCUCUGAAGUCCACUGGUCCUUUCCCAACAUUACCCCUGUGUACAUCAGCCACUGGCCACAAUCCCAGUUCCUUGCAUUCCUCCUUCGUUCUGUGUGCACCGUCAAACACCUCAUUAUACAAGAGUGCGAUAUCUCUGCGGAGGAGAUGCUGGAGUGCCUUGCACACCCUCAAAUAUCAACAUGGUUGGAUUCGCUGUCCAUCACAGAGGAUCAUCAAAGGCAUUUAUGCGUGACGGAGGAGGUGUUGAGGCAGUUGACGUAUACCACCUUCACAGAAAAGCACCAUCAAGCUAUGGGGAUGCAUUUCUGCCCAGGAUGGGAGAGUGGCGGAUAUGGUUGA